AUGGAACGAAAACCACUAGUUGUUUAUUAUUCAAACUGUGAUUCUGUUAUAGGAGAAAUAGCUCAUAAACUUGCUCUUGAUGUCAAAGGGGAUAUCUAUGAAGUAAAGACAACUCAGAGAAUUAAAAAACUACGACUAAGACAAGACGGUAGAAAAACAUUUAGUAAAUUACCUGUUGUUUUUGAUCUGAUUGACUUCUCACCAUAUAAUGAAAUUUUUAUUGGUGGCGAAUGGGUUGGGAAACACUUAGUUGGUCCAAUGAGACAAUGGAUUAACCAAAAUAAGACCUUCAUCCUUCGAGACGAUAUCCAACUUAUUUUCUUUGGAUUUGAUAAGAAAGGAAGUAAUAUCAAUAAAACUUUCCAAGAGAUGGUAGAAUUACUUGGAGAACCUUACAGAAGACUUGUCAUAACCCCAGAGGAUUAUCCAUAUCAUAACUUAUCAAGAAAGAUUGGGUAUCACCAAAAUGCAUCUGAGGAAGAUGAAAAGUAUCUUGAUAAUCAAAUGAUCAAUUCUGAUACUUCUCUUCUUGGAAAAGUCCCAAUUAAUAAGACAGAAAAGAUGAGAACAACUCCAAUGAGUGAUCACGGACAGCAUGUUCGUAUGGAAUAA